ACAGCCAACGCCACAAUGGCCAUCAUCCUGGACCAGGAGUACCUGGAUGCGCGGUAUGAUGCGGUGUACACAGAAGUGCAGGUGAUAAUAGAGCGAAUCCUGCGGGAGGAUCUCAAGAAUGGUGGCUUGUAUGUCACGUACUACUCCUGGACGGCCGUCAAUCUCAAGAAGGACUACAUGGCUGUGCUCACGGUGACGAACUGCGACAACACCUGGAAGGUAUUCCGCGAGGCCAGAGCUGAAACACUCCUCUUGAUGGCCCUGACCGAUCCAGACUGUCCAAGACUGCCGCCAGAAGAAGCAAUCAUGAUUCCCAUCACGAGCGGCGGCGAGGAGCUUCCCCAAGUCUUGCUGGACUUGAAAUCCUCCCAGGCAUUGCGCUGGAAAUCCUCCAUUGUCCUGCACGAUGACACCUUCGCUCGCGACAUGAUCAGCCGCGUGGCCAUCGCGGUGACGACAGAGUCUCCUGAUGGAUAUGUGAAGCCUAUGUCAGUGUCUCUGUUCAAGAUUCGCGCCCACAUCCAGGAGUGGGAGCGCAGAAAGUCCAUCCGCAGAACACUUCUGAACCUCCCGACGAACUACAUCGGCAGGAACUUCCUGGCCAUCGUCACGACGACUAUCAUGGAGAAUAUCAUGGAAGUGGCGAAGGAUUUGGGCCUGGUAGAGCCCUUCAGUCAGUGGAUGUACGUGAUUUCAGACACCAACUCAGAGAAGAACAACAUCUCUUCGGUGCUGCCGCUGAUUGGCGAGGGUGAGAAUGUGGCCUUUGCCUACAAUGUGACGGACAAGCAGAAGGACUGCAAGGCGGGAGUCCAGUGCCACUGUGGUGAGCUGCUGAGAAGCUUCGUGUUGGCACUGUCCAGGAUGAUCAGGGAGGAGAAGGCGGUGUACGGCCAGAUAUCGGACGAGGAGUGGGAAACCAUCAGACCGUCGAAGAAGGAGAGGCGAGAUUCGCUGCUGGAAACCAUGGUGAAUCAGCUCAAGACCAGCUCAGUGUGCUCCAAUUGCACCACGUGGAAGAUCCAGACGGCAGAAUUCUGGGGCACGGAGUACCAAACGAAUGCCGACAGCAAAUGGAGUACCGUAAAUAGUGCGCCGAGAUCCACAAAAUUCCUCGAUGUUGGCACAUGGAAGCCCAACGAUGGAGUUCAGUUGAACGAUGUUCUCUUUCCGCACGUGUCGAAUGGCUUUCGCCGGAAAAAUCUUCACAUUGUCACAUAUCACAAUCCGCCAUGGCAAAUUAUUGCGUACAACGAAUCCGGUGUGCCGGGCGUAAUGCGAGGCGUCGUGAUGGAUAUUCUCAACGAGAUGGCCAAGAAGCUCAACUUCACCUACACCAUGCACAUCAUCCCUGUGGCCGUGCCCAAGGCGAACGACACCGAGGAAUUGAGUUACAAUUCCACAGAGGAGGGCCAGCUUCCCACCACCACGAUUCCACUGGAGAUUCUCAACCUCGUGAGUCAGGACAAGGUGUUCCUGGCGGCAGUUGGUGCCACUGUCAAUGAGAAGUACAAGAGAUUCAUUAACUACAGCAUCCCCAUCAGCAUUCAGCCCUACAACUUCAUCGUCUCCCGACCACGCGAGCUGAGUCGACUGUAUCUCUUCAUGGCGCCCUUCACCACUGAGACUUGGCUCUGCCUCGCAGCUUGUCUGGUCAUUAUGGGACCGCUGCUGUACUUAAUCAAUCGCUUCAGUCCGUUCUACGAGCACAAAGGCUACGUGGUGGCGAAACUGGGUCUGAACAGAGUGAACAACUGCUUCUGGUACAUCUACGGCGCUCUGCUGCAGCAGGGCGGGAUGUAUCUGCCCCAGGCGGACAGCGGACGGAUAAUCAUAGGCACCUGGUGGCUUGUCGUCAUUGUCUUGGUGACAACGUAUUGCGGCAACCUCGUGGCCUUCCUGACCUUCCCCAAGAUCGAGAUUCCCAUCACGACUAUCGGUCAGUUGGUCAACAAGCGCUCCUUCGUGUCCUGGAGCACAAAAUCGGGGAGUUUCCUCGAGGAAUUCCUCGCAGAGACGGACGAGCCGAAGUACAAGCGCUUGCUGGACGGCAUGGAAUUCCAGACGGAGGCUACAAACGAAAUCAUCGAGAGCGUUCGGCAGGGGAAACACGUGUACAUCGACUGGAAGAGCAACUUGCAGUACAUCAUGAAGAGGGAGUUCCUCGUCAACGACCGCUGUGACUUCGCCCUGGGCGUUGAGGACUUCCUGGACGAGCAAAUCGCCAUCAUUCUGCCCAGAGGCAGUGCAUAUCUGAACCUCAUCAAUGCCGAAAUCACGCGCCUGCACCAGAUGGGCUUCAUUCAGCGCUGGCUGAAGGAGUAUCUGCCGAAGAAGGACCGCUGCUGGAACGUGGGCAAGGCCAUCGAGGUGAACAAUCACACGGUGAAUCUGGAUGACAUGCAGGGCUCAUUCCUGGUGCUGUUCAUCGGGUGCGUUCUGGGUGCUUGUGUCAUCAUUCUCGAGUGCAUGUGGUUCAAGAGGCGUGAGAUCAAAGAGCAGGUCAUCAUUAAACCAUUUGUUAAGUGAGAAAACACCCCUGCUAAAUACAG